AUGAAUAUUGUCGCUAUUGCCAUUUUUUACCUUAACUUACUUGUCCUAACAGCCAUCAAUUUUAGCUUCUGCAGUGGAAGCAGCUGCAUUGAAAGUGAGAGACAUGCACUUUUAAGGUUCAAGCAGGAUCUUGAAGAUCCUUCCAACCGGCUUGCCUCUUGGACUAAUUUUGAUGGAGAUUGUUGUACAUGGACUGGUGUUGUUUGUGACAACUUCACCGGCCAUAUUCUUAAGCUCAAACUUAGGAGUCCUUCACGGGGCAGACGAAGUUUGAGCGGUAAGGUAAAUCCCUCUUUGCUUGAUCUUAAGCAUUUGAUUUACCUGGACUUGAGCUAUAAUGCUUUCGAUGGAAUUCGGAUUCCUAGUUUUCUUGGUUCGUUUGGGGAGUUAAGACACCUUAAUCUCUCGGAAGCUGGAUUUGCUGGAGAGAUUCCUCACCAACUUGGAAAUCUCUCCAAUCUGCAAUAUCUUGACCUUGGUCAGAAUGAUUACCCGUUAUACAUUGACAAUAUUCGUUGGUUAUCAGGUCUUUCUUCCUUGAAGUAUCUUGAUUUGACAGUUGUAAACCUCAGUAAAACUUCUGCAGAUUUGUUUCUCAUCAUAAAUGCACUUCCUUCUUUAGGUGUGUUACAGUUGUCUAACUGUGAACUUCAUCACCUUCCAACCCUUUCCACUGCCAACUUUUCUUCUUCUCUUGUCACCCUUGAUCUUUCUCAAAAUAAAUUUAAUAGCUCUUUCAUUCCCAAUUGGGUAUUUGGUCUUACUCAAUUACAGUUUCUUAAUUUAGCCAGAAAUGGUUUUCGAGGUCCAAUCCCAGAUGGACUUCAGAACUUGACUUCUCUUACACAUCUUGAUUUGUCUAGAAACAAUUUCAGUUCUUCAAUACCCAACUGGUUGUACAAAUUUAGUCACCUUGAGUGCCUUUCUCUUAUAAAAAAUAACUUGCAAGGUACAAUUUCAGGUGAUAUAGGAAACUUGACCUCUAUGCAAAAGAUUGAUCUCUCAUCAAAUGCACUUCAAGGAAGAAUUCCAAGAUCAUUGGGAAGACUUUGCAACUUGAGGUCAAUCUCUUUGUCAUCUGUCAAAUUGAAUCAAGCAGUUUCUGAAAUCUUAGAUAUCUUUUUAGGAUGUGUGUCACAUAGACUAGAGGUUUUGAAUUUGGGUCAAACUCAACUUUAUGGUCAAUUAACCAGUAAACUUGGGCAGUUUAAGAAUCUAGACACUCUUUUCCUGUGUUGUGGCAGUAUUUUUGGUCCUAUUCCACAUUCCUUGGGGAAACUUUCGAACUUGAAAUUUCUAGAUCUUUCCUCCAAUAAAUUGAGUGGCUCGAUUCCAUUUUCAAUAGGAGAACUUUCAUCCUUGAGUAGUCUACAGCUUUCCUCUAAUGAAUUGAAUGGAUCUAUUCCGUCAUCAUUUGGAAUGCUUUUGUCUUUGAGAAUUUUAGACAUUUCUUCCAAUAAACUAAAUGGAAAUCUGUCUGAAAUUCACUUUUUCAAGCUCUCUAGUCUUGAGAGUUUUAAGGCAUCAGGAAACUCAUUAAAGUUGAAUGUAAACCCUGAUUGGCGUCCAUCAUUUCAACUUAACGAGUUAUAUUUGCCUUCAUGUUAUGUAGGGUCUCGAUUUCCAUCCUGGCUUCUUUCCCAAAAGAAAUUAGGUUUUUUAGAUUUAUCCAACUCAGGAAUUCUAGAUACAAUUCCCACUAAGUUUUGGAAAUCCUCUUUUAGACUUAGAUAUGUAAAUUUUUCUCAUAACCAAAUCUAUGGGAAGGUUCCUAGUUUAAUUGAAGUUGGUUCACUAACUUCACUUGACUUGAGUUCAAAUAGUUUGGCAGGUUCAUUGCCUCUUCUGUCUUCCACUAUGAAUACACUUGAUGUUUCCAAUAAUUCUUUCUCAGGACAUGUUAGCCAAUUUUUGUGCCAUGCAGUGAAUGAGUCAAAGAAUUUGCAAAUUCUCUAUCUUAAAGAUAAUUCUCUAUUUGGAGAAUUACCUGAUUGUUGGACGAACUGGCAAAAUUUAGAGGUCUUGGAUUUAGGUGAAAAUAAGUUUAUUGGAAACCUUCCCAACUCUAUGGGAAAAUUAAAUUCCCUUCGAUCACUGCAUCUUCAUAAUAAUAACUUCUCUGGAAAUAUACCUAUAUCGUUUAAAAACUGUACAAAGUUACUAGUACUUAAUCUUCAUGAAAAUAGGUUUGUGGGGAAUGUACCAUUGUGGCUUGGAGAAAGAUUUUCAAGUUUGAUGAUCCUCAUCCUUCGUUCAAAUAAGUUUCAAGGCUCUUUACCUGUGGAGCUUUGCCAGCUAGCUUCACUACGAAUCUUAGACCUUGCUUACAAUAAUUUGUCUGGAGCCAUACCAAGCUGUAUUAGUAACUUGAGUGCCAUGGUAACAACCUUGAAAGAUUUUGCAAGAGGCAUACAAUAUGUAACAAAUUAUAGUGAUUCUAUUGAGGAUGAGUCAUUGAUGCUAAAAGGGAGAAUGGAUGAAUAUAGCACGAUUCUUAAUUUGGUGAGAUCUAUAGACCUUUCCAAAAACACUUUCUCAGGAGAAAUUCCUAUAGAAGUGACACAUCUUAAAUUGUUAUCAUUGAAUUUGUCUCACAACCAUUUCACGGGAAGAAUUCCUGAGAAUAUUGGUGUUAUGGAGUCAUUGGAGUCUAUUGAUCUCUCGUCAAACCAACUUAAUGGUGUAAUUCCUCAGAGUAUUUCAGCUUUGACAUCUUUGAAUCAUUUGAAUCUUUCACAUAACAACUUGCACGGGGAAAUUCCUUUAAGCACUCAAUUACAAACCUUUGAUGCAUCUUGUUUUAUGGGUAAUGAACUUUGUGGGCCUCCACUUCCAAACAAUUGCUCUGGGAUUUUUCCAAUACAGGAGAAUGAAAAUGGAGGUAACAAACAUGAGGUAAAUGGGUUCUAUGUAAGCAUGGCUCUUGGAUUUGUGGUGGGUUUCAGCAGUCUUCUGCAAUGGAUAGAAAGUGACAGACAAGCACUUUUAUGGUUCAAGCAAGGUCUCACUGAUCCUUCCAACUGGCUUUCCUCGUGGAUUGGUGAAGGAGAUUGUUGUAAAUGGGCUGGUGUUGUCUGCGACAACUCCACAGGUCAUGUCCAUGAACUCCACCUUGGAAAUCCUGAUGCUUACAAUGGCAUAUUACAUUUGGGAGGGCUUUCUUUGUUAGAGUACCUUGAUUUGAGUUUGGUGAACCUUGGGAAAACUUCUGUAGAUUUGUUGUUCAUUGCAAAUGCACUUCCUUCUUUAGUUGUGUUACAACUGUCAGGUUGUCAACUCCAUCACCUUCCAACUGUGUCCAUUGCUAACUUUUCUUCAUCCCUUGUCACCCUGGAUCUUUCUGGCAACAAAUUUAAUAACUCUUUCAUUUCCAAUUGGGUGUUUGUUCUCAGUCAAUUACAGUUUCUUGACUUAGCUGGAAUUGGUUUUGAAGGUCCAAUUCUCGAUGGACUUCAAAACUUAACUUCUCUUACACAUCUUGAUUUGUCUCGAAACCAUUUCAGUUCUCCAAUUCCCAACUGGUUGUACAAAUUUAGUCACCUUGAGUCUCUUUCUGUAUCCCGUAAUAGCUUGGAAGGUGUUAUUUCAAGUGAUAUAGGAAACUUGACCUCUUUGCAAAUGCUUGAUCUCUCAUCAAAUGCACUUCAAGGGAGCAUUCCAAAAUCAUUGGGAAGACUUUGCAACUUGAGGUGGAUCUCUUUGUCAUUUGUCAAAUUGAAUCAAACAAUUUCUGAAAUCCUAGAUAUUUUUUCACGAUGUGUCUCACAUAGACUAGAGUUUUUGGAUUUGGCUCAAACUCAACUUUAUGGUCAGUUGACCUACCAACUUGGGCAAUUUAAGAAUUUAAAAACUCUAGAUCUAUGUUGUGGAAAUAGAUCUGGUCCUAUUCCAUAUUCCUUGGGAGAACUUUCGAAAUUGACAUUUCUAGAUCUUUCCUUUAAUAAUUUGAGCAGCCCGAUUCCAUUUUCAAUAGGUGAACUUUCAUCCUUGCAGACUCUGCAGCUUUCCUCUAAUAAAUUGAAUGGAUCUAUACCAUCAUCAUUAGGAAAGCUUUCGUCUUUGAACUUUCUUCUAAUAAACUGA